CAAUACCAGUCCACUAAUUUGGGCUUAGUCUUUGAUAGGUCGCCACCAUGAUAGUACCGCUAGUCCUCGCUCUUGUGACCCUCGCUGUUGCUCACCCAGGCUACAGGGACUUGAUGCCCAAUGGGUACUCAGUCCCCAACCCAUGUGGAGCCGAUACUUGGCAGGCAGUGGGCCAUUAUGAUCCCUACCAUCAUACGAUAGCCAAAAACCAAUUUGGAAAAGAUUUCGCAGCGGCUGCCCACAUAUGGACUGAGACCCUCUGUAAGACAGACUCUGAUGGCGACGGAAAGACUAACGGCGAGGAGCUAGGUGACCCCGCCUGUAUCUGGAACGUCGGGGACAGGCCGGCUGGAAGCGCUUCCGGACAUCCGGGUAUUUGUGAGCCCGUUGGAUCCGCUGCUUGCAGUAACCAAGCUUUUAGAUGUGGUUGUCAUGGUAACCAAUGUGUUGGAAGAUAAUCGUAAUAAAACAAACUCUUUUUAUUCUUUUUCA